AUGCUCGAUGGAAGCUCUAGCGGUCUCGGCAGAAUGAAGGACUUCUGUGGCUUGAGGGUCCUCGCUGUGUCUCUUCUCACCAUCACUGUGACGGCUACCUUCGUGAGCGUCUAUCCUUCAGCAUUGGCAGAAGUAAAAGGGGAGGGGGAAGGAGUGCUGCUUUCCCAAUCUCCUGAGUCAACGGGGGAAGCCACCGGGCAGUUGGCGUUAACUUCGACCCUUAGGAGCGUUACCGGGCACAGCAAUCCGGGUAUAGAGGCAUUAGAACAAACAGCCACAGCAGCAGUGGAAGUUGCUUCUUCUACAAAAAGCAGUGGAAGUGGGUGGCUGAAUCCCGCGUUCAAGGACAUCCGGAACUAUGUGUGCAAGUACAGUGUAGAUGGGGGGCCAUGUAGAAAUCGGUCAUAUGGCGAUUAUCCUUCUGGCUUGAAGUGCCCUCCUUCGUACUGCUGCAGCAAAACACACAUGCUGCAUGGUCAGUCUGGUGAAUGGUGCACAAACAAAUGGGCCCUGUGCAAUGGUCUCUUGCAUUAUGGUGAUAGCAGUCAUGGAGGCUGCAGCUGCGACAGUUAUGGGAACAAGUGCCCUGAGUCUUCAUCCUGUAAGCAGGAGGAUGUCGCCCAUGGGGGAACAUACUGCGAGUGCAACGAAGGGUAUAUUGGCGACGGCACCUCGUGUGUGGAGGACCUCUGCCGCUCUUCACCUUGCCAUCCCGGAACAUGUAUGCUCGUUGACGGACAGGUUCAGUGUACCUGUCCGGAAUACUACGAGGUCAAUAAUGAUACAGUGCCUCAGACUUGCUGGAUGAGGGAUAUGUGCAGCGAUAGUCCUUGCGGUGACAACACUUCCACCAAAGCCUGCUACCACGAGGGUCCCGGCCGAUACAGUUGUGAAUGCAACCUGGGCUAUACGUCUGUGAAGGUUGAAGGAAAACUAAUGUGUGACGAUAUUUUCAACCACUUUGUGUGCUCCUCCAACCCUUGCGGGAUUGAGGGUGUUCAGGAAUGCGUGGACACCUCCCAGGGUGUGAUCUGCACAUGCUUCACGGGACAUAGUUUGGUGAAAGAAACGGCGCAGUAUCGAUGUGCAAGGGAUGACCCCUGCCUUACCAGCCCCUGCGGAAGUCUCAGUACCGCCAACCGCUGUGUGGCUACGAGUACAGCCUACAUGUGCACCUGCACAGAUGGGUACACUGUGGCGAUUGGAGAGACGGGACAGUAUUGUGCAAAAGACGAGGAGGGGACCAAUUAUGUGCUGUACGGGGGGAUUGGGGGAGGAGUCCUCCUCCUUCUCUCGGCGUUUGCAUGCACGUACAUGAGGCCUGAUUCAGAGUUAAAUGAUGAGGAAGUAAAGUUCUUGAAAGAAAACGCACAGGAGGUCUCAGAUUCAGCAUAUUCUAGUCCUGCUAGAGGCUGGGGCUGA